CCCACUGUAUUUCUGGAGUGAGAAGCUGUGGUGAAGGCUGGUGGUGAGCAGGGGGAUGCCGGCCAAAAUGCAGCUCCUUAUCAGAUGUAACGGGAGGAUUUUCCUGGCUAUUUGUUUAAUCCUCUUUGUGGGAUACACAGCACAAGGUGCUCCAGUGCAGAAGGCAAGGUACAAGAGAGUGAGGUGCCGACCCGACGCCUGGUCUGCUAACUGCAUCCAAGAGCAGGGGCCCUGGUUUUACAUGCCCACUGGGGGAGCCAACAGGAUCCUUCCUCCCACGGCAGACCUGUCCCUGAUGAAGCGGCACCAGGAGCUGGGCGACGCGUUCCCGCUCUCGGACGACGAGUCUGGCUCCGGGUCCAACGCUGCGGGAGGAGCAGAGGCGGCCUCUGGCUCGGGGCUGGGCGAGGGCUCCGGCUUCUCCGAGGGGAACACCCUGCCUGCCUUCCUGCGAGGCAGCGGGCUGCGGCAGCAGCUGACGGAGGAGGAUUUGCUGCUGUAGGGCUGGCGGCCUCGGCCUGCCCUGGGCCGCCAAGGCCUCCCUCGCCCCUCGCCCGCUGCCCGGCCCCACGUGGCGGCCACAGGGGGGGUUUUACACCAACUGCCGACCAAUAAAACCUGCCCGAAGACC